AAUAAAAUAAAAUUAUAAAAAUCGUAAAUUUUGCAAAAUUAAUGUAGCUAAAAAUUGGUAUUUCUUCAUCUACGAUAAAAAUUAUUCGUUUCUAUAUUGUGUCGACUCCGCGACCUAAAUCGAAGCUAGCAAAACCGAUUGGCAAUAGAGAAUACGAAAAGAACGCCAAAAAAGACCCAGGCACCGGCCGGUAAUUAUAUAAUUCGCCGUUAUAAGAGUGUGUCUUCAUUAAGGAAACAGAUUUCGUUAGGUUACGUGAUAGAAAACGACGCGUGCCGAACUUUCGUUCCCGAUCUAACCUGCUGUGACAUUUUUUUUUAUAAAUCUCCGUAAUCCUCCUGUAAGAACUUUUCCAUGAUCGAUCAUCGACCAUAAUCUCGGAAUUUUGCUUUCAAUAAGAAUACCUAGCUAUCGCAGCAUCGCGAUAUUUCUAUGACACGAGUCAUCUGCAUAAGGAUCAUGACGCGCCUAGUUGAGCUGACAGCGAGUUAAAGGCUCGAAGAAUGUGGAGAAAAGAAAAAGGAAGCCAGAGAAGAGGAGAGAUAAUGAGAAAGGCAAACGGCAGAAACGGAGCUGGCACGCGAGUCAAAGGGGACCCCACCGAGUGUCGCAAUUUCAGAGCGCCAGCUUACUUUUUUAUUUACCUUGUAAAUGCAAAUCGACCAGAAACGGUGGUUUCCAAACGACCUAGAGAAGGUUGCAGCCAGCAUAGUUCGUCAACAGGUUCCUCUGGAUCCGUUGGAUCCUGACAUUUCACGUCGACGAUGGAGAACGUGACAUCUUUCUUUUGCAAAAAAGUAUCGAUAUCAAAAAUUGAUACCAAGUGUCAAGCAUUUUUUAUACUUCGCCCCUCUAGUACUCGAAUUGUUCGAAUACCAACAAUAUCGGUUCGAUCGCUAACGACACCGAGCACCGUAUGUCACGAUCGUCGAGCGUAAAUAAUUUGCGAGCAGAAUUGCCCGGGCGUUAUGAAAUCAAUGGAUUCUCGGCCGGGUUAUUUAUAGGCCUGCGUGCCGCGUUGAUUUAUGGAUCGUCGUUCGUGGACGUUUUCUUUUAGCGGGAAAAUAAUGGAAGCGAGCAUGUACGAUCGAUGCGAUGCAAAGAUCAAUUUGAUCAGCCUCGGGCUACGAAACGAAUACCGAUAAGACAGCGCACCGUUAUCGAUGAGAAUGAAAUCUCGCUGCAUUUGGUGAAUCGCCAACAGCGAUGCACGAUACCACGACCGAAACUAACAAAGAUGAACGAGUGACGAAUUUCGCGGACGUUCGCGAGAGGGAAAGCGAGAAAGAAAGGAAGACGAGCGUGCAAAUUGCUCGGACUAAUUAAAUUUGCACGCGUAUACCAAGUGACAUAACGCCGACGCGUAACGUCCAAGAAAAGUGGUACACGCUUUGAGUUAGGAAGCUAGAACAAAAGGAACUGAAAUAGACAUCGCACUUUUUUAAGUUGCUAAUUCAUCAUUUUGUACCAAGGUAUCCUGACCUACAUAACAGCGGAUAUUGCCAAAAAGAUAUUUUCUGCGUCUUGUAUUACUGUCUCUCUGUAAAUUGUUCGAUUUCUAUAGAAGCUGACCAACUUGAAAGGAAUUCCUUUCAUAACAGUAACGAUUGAUCUGCACAUCAAGCAACCUGUCCGCGCGAAGAGCAUCGCUCAAGUCCAUCUUCGAAAUUCAAGAUCCGACUACCCUCGUGCGUCGAAACCGGUUCGAUUUUCAAAAAAUUACCGCGAACGCGUCUUUUCUACAAACAAGCAGAUCUUUUCGCUCGUUCAAUUUCACUGCCUGCCACGCCGUUAAGGUGGUACCGCGGCGUUACGAAAGAGUCUGAGGAUUCGCAAACAAGGUCCCUCCUCUUGUUCGCGGCUCGCGGAAGUAGAUUUCAAGACUUCUUCGACGUUGCUCGUGUAACAUGGUUCACGGAUAAGAACGCCCGUUAUAUUCGUACGGUGAGUUACGACGAAAAGAGAGACCCAGCCUGGUGAAAACUCUCCAACGCACACAUAGCAUCGACGCGUCAUGACCGAUUCAGGAAAUGACUUUCUUCCUCUUCUCCGUGUGCCGCCUCUUUACUUCACCGACUCUCGAAGAUUCUCUCGGUUUCUCAACGAGACGACUUUCGCGUUCCUCCACCGGGUCUGACUAUUUAAUCGUCGCGUAAGCGUCCACUGUUUGCCAACAGCUAGCGCGUACAAUGGACAGCCUUUUGUGCGACCUUUCGGACUUUCAAACAUUUCAACGUCAGAAGAAUCAAUUAUUUGCCUAUCUGGAAGCGUUUGAAAUUUAUUAAAGAAUCGAUCAACCUGACGUACAACAUCGAAUCGAUCAUAGUCGAAUGUCCAGCGCGAACUUUAAACCUUUACAAACUUUCAUAAGUGUCGAUAAUGGCUGACUGUUUACGCUGGAUUUUUAGCGUAUGAUUUGAAGCAAACCGGAGAAAGUGAGAAAAAGGAAACCAAACACGUACUCUGAACGCGAAUGGUUAACGCAUUACGGAAACAAUGUGUACCGGACGACGGAUGAUUACUUCCAAGGAAUCGAUACUAAAUAGCUUCCGAUCGAUCGACCUGGUAUCCGUUAAUUGGCAAUCGGACCUCGUCGCAAGGAAAGAGGAAGGACGCUUAAACCUGAACAGUUUCUCGCGCUUCUCGAAGAACGAACCUUGCGAUCGCGUUGUCGUCGAGGAAGCCGCCAACGCAUAGAUGCACCGGUUAAUUGCAUCCGGGAUCGUUAAAGAUCAGUUGAAAGCGAUCGUCGUAACGAGGAUAAUUGUUCCGCAAUCGCCAUUCCACCUAAACGAGCAUCAAGGCUGUUAAACAGUAUCGUUGAAAAUUUGCCAAGAUACGAGGCUCUCUAAACUAAGUUAAUCGAUCGUCCUCGGAUCGUUUCGUUCGAGGAUUUUCAACGAAAUUUAAUCGAGUUCUCCUUUCCAACAACCAACAACGAGCCAUGCAUCUUCGUGCUGGCAACAGACAGCGAGGCCAGAUACGAUUUCACGCGCUGCGAAGACUCUUCCUUUGGCAAUGCUUCGUCUCGUUUCAUAAUCCUCGCUCUGUCUAAGCGAAGAUAGACCACAAAGAGGUCCCAAGGACUUCAAAGUGAACCUACGAGCUGUCGAUCGUGAACGAUGCUCACUCGAUCGAGCCUAUCGCGAAGCGUAACCGAAGAUUCGCCCGUUCGUUUCUCUCGAACGAGCGAACAGUACGACGUGCAAUCGUGGAUGAAACGAGGCUGACGUGUUGCAAAAUAUGUAGAGAAUGAUGGUGGCAAACGGGCCUUAGAUUUAUGCUUUCCAUGAGGCAACCGUAUCGCGCUACGAAAAUGGAGCUCGAAACGCGAACGCGUUCUGGCUUAUUCGAAUUAUUACCUCCAUCAACGAUUUUAAUUGCGAAAAAUGGUAAUACUAACUGUCUUCGCAAUUUCCUGACCAAGGAAUAGGAAGAUGUUUAAAUGUCACGUAACGUAUUCCGUGUAACGAUCGUCUUGUAACGCUACUUUGCGUGUUACUGAAUCGCGUUUCAAUGAUAUUUAUCUAAACGCAGUAUAAUUUGACUAACAAGCGUGCUUACGAUGAAAUUUAAGAGAAAACGCUAAUCUGUCUCUCCAAAAGGCGAAAGAAAAAAAUGAUUGAAACGUGACAGGAUACUAGGUAUCCGGGGAGACGCUGAAAAAUUUUCGAGUACGAUAAGAGGAAUAUGCAAAUUUGCCUCCAUAAAGGGUGAACGCGCGGAGGUGAAACACGGAACACGAAAUCCGGUUCGCUCGAUCGUAGGUGUCAAGUCGACGAGGAAAAAAAAGCUCGUUCUACGGGCACGAAAAGUAGAGUGACUCAACGUAUUCAUGAGCGCGUACUUUAUUGAAAUUCCUUGUAAAUAACUGGCUUUUUCGUAGAAUAGCGGUACGUUCCUAUAAAUCGUCAAACGUUUUUUGCCCGGAUCCGGCUGUUUCCGAAAGCGUUGGAAAUCCCGCUUGUUAUGGAAUUUCAGCAAACAUUUUUUUACGAUCAAUCAUAUGAAUAUCUGACAAAUCGGUGCUAAAUUUAGAGACAAUAAUUUUCUCGGAUAAAUUUGAAUCGGACUUCGUCCAAACAAGAUUCCAAAGGGAGAUUACGCCAAGAAAUCGAAGUUUCUACGAAACUCGUGAAUUCGUUUAUUUAUUUUAAUAUGUACAGACAUAGCCCCUUAUAAAUUUAAUUCAAGUUCUAUGAAGAUCGUCGCGAAUGAAAGCGAUGGUGAAACCAGCGAGUCUCUUAUCACUGUCUUGUAACGUAUAUCUUUUUAAGAUCGCGCGAUUCUGCAUCCGUGAGGAGAGUUAUCGGUAACGAGUAACCGUUCCUCGUGGUGUCGGCUGAUACAGCGUUUCUGGAUGACCCUCGACCCACGAUUCGCGUCCGUGCAACUGAUUAACUCGACGUUGAAUUCUAGCCGAGUCACUGACUUCCUGGCAUAAUUAAACAAAGUCGGAAGAAACGAAACAUCUAUGAAUCGAAUAAACGCAUAAAAGAGUGAAAAACGUACUCUCAACGAAAUUUAGAGAACGUUUAGACAUUUAGCUGCCGGAUGGUUCAGAAAUCAUCCGAAAGCAUCUUCGGAUAAGUGGGGACAAAGAUCGAUGAAUCAACGCGUCUCUGCGAUGAGGUAACCGCUUUCGGAUUUCGAGGAUGUCGUGUUUAUUCGCUAAUGAUACUUUCCCGCAAUUCAUCGUUCUGUCAUUUUCGAUUCUCGAAAAAGAAACGUUGGGACCGGAUCUAGGGGAAAAAUCAUUUCUUGAUCCUCGUAAGGGAGAAGCAAUCUCAAACGGCGAAGAAAUCCAUGUUUCAGAGUGUCGCGUUACCGGUGGGCCCAGCACAGGUGCGGCGCUUCGAGGCUGACCAGUGUAUUGAAUUCCACAAAAAUUCUGAGCGACGCCUCUCUUGGAGCGUUCAGGCCCAGGCCGUUCUCUCAGCUCCGACUCGGUCCCAGCACCAGAGUCCGCGUGCUCCCUCUUCCUUCUCCUCCUUCCACCUCACGAAUCGACAAAAAUUUCGAGAUAUACCGACUCGCCGACCGACACCUGUCACCGUACUUGCUGUCAGGUAUCGAGAUUCAGUUGUGAAACUUUGAUCCAAAUGCAUCCGUCGCCGCCAUUCUCCAUUGUCUAGGAGUUUGCGUAAACCUAGCCGCGAUCUUUUAAUCUUCUACCCGGUUUCGUGGACGAAUCGGGGAAAGAUUUUCCAGCAUACGAUCGAAAGCAAUUGAAUCAUCGUUGUUAAGCCAAUUUUAUUUCGAAGAUGAAUAGUAGAAGGAUCUUGUUUGGACAAUUCAAGCGAACCUCGCUGACGAAAUCGAAACGUCGAAUCGAGAGGACGUAUCUCGACUCCAAGGUGUCGAAAAGAUUCAACUCGUAUUUCCUAACCUGGCAUUGUAAAUCCUCGGGAUCGAAAAAAAUACGUCGUCCUUCGACCUACAAUUUACAAGAGAACGAGCUUACCCAGAGAGCCGAUAAUAACCCCAACUGACCGUACAAUCAUCAAUCCCGCAAUUUCCCUAUCGAAUAACACUAUAGUUGUUCAAUUUGCUCUGCAACACGAAGAUCGGGACCAAAAGCGGUGCCGAGGAGUCCCGGAAGAUCGCAAUCGAGUCGGUCGGUAAAAAUGUCGAGCAAGGCUGCUUCCACGUUAUUUUCUCCGCCGGCCACGCCCGACAGGACGCAUAAAUCCUGCCGAACCGGCGUUCCAUUAGAGCCGAUACUUGGAUGGGGAACGCAGGGCGCCGGUGAACAAGCGAAUCGAAGCGUGCACGACGAAAACGAAGCGAAAGACGCGUCGCGUCGGACCUUGGGCGGUGGCCGAUGGCCGAUCGCGAAGGUAGGCCAGCGCGGUGCGAAACGCGGCUGAUUUACGUGCGAAAAUUGCCAAUUAACCGUCUUAAUCGAUGCGUGUACUCGCGCGUGAGUACCGAACCAGGGUACACCCGUAGGAGCCAUCAAAGUGGCGGAAAUCCGCUCGCACGACUUCUCCGUCGCUGGCCCUGAAAACGUUUUCGCGGUCGCGGCGUGCUUCGCGAAGCGAGGAAAUACUCGCGGCGAGGUGCGAGGCAGAAAAUAACAUCGAAGAGCGCGAAACAGCGAGGAGGUUGGGAUCGUACGAGAGUCGUGUCCGUUGUGCAACGAUCAAACCGGAAUAUCGAGAGCUCGGUCCCCCGAUCGAAGCGCCAAAAUUCUUCCUUCGAAACAGAAGUGGGAGAACCCGCGAGGACCCGUUCUUCGCGCACCGUUGCCCCUGCAACGUUUCGCCUACUGAGAGGACGAGAUCGGUUCGCGGAUGAUGCGAAGAGAGGAGUUUCUGGGAACCGCGAGAGUACUCUGUUCACUUUCCUCGUUCGUUUCUGCUGAUAUUUCGACGAGGAAGCGCGGAAUGCGACUACCCGCAGAUGGGACCGAGCUGGAACAAUGAGUCGUUGCGACACCGUUUCGAAAACACCGAGCUCUCUGAUCGAGGCGACGGCAACUACGACCGCGGUAGCUGGUAGCCCGCUUUCCUGGCACAUUCCAAGGCCGUCCUUGGUCGGCCGAAGCGAGAGGGACAGUGAAAAUGGUAGCUGGGCUCAUCUGCACCCGAACUCACCGUCGAGAGGAUCCACGUCCUCGCAAGGCUCUACCGCCAGCACGCACAGUGCCGCAUCGGGCACGUUGUUAUUGACGGCAGCGAAUCUGGCCAAUCUCGCGGCUAUUCAUCCACCCACGGUAACGGCGCCAAAACAAAUGGACACCGCCUCGGUGGCGAGCAGCACCCACUUCACCGUCGUCAACGGUCUAGGUAGACCGACGACUGUGUACAGGAAGUCCUGCUGCGCCAGACACCAGCUCACCGUGCUCGUCUGCACGAUGAGCUUCCUAUUCAUGGUCGGCCUACUUCUGGGAAUCCUCUACAUGGAAAUGAGAAUUCGCGACAAGUACCAUUAGAGGGCGGAAAUGAUUGGGAGCGAGCAGUGGGAGUGAACAUGGACAAUCAUCAGGAGGAUUGAAAAACGGUGGACAAAGAGCAACGAAACGUAGAAACGAUAUCGUUCGUUCGAAGAAACGAAUGUCGAUGACCAUUUGGGUCGAAUGUAUCUUUGUUCACGAUCGACCGCGUUAUUCGUAUUUAUAAUGUACAUGUAUAUUAUCACUUAGAGCGUUAGGCCGAUUCGAUUAGACGUUCUCGAUUCGAGACAAUGUUUUAAAGGCUGUAUUGCACCGUGUUCGACGUGUGGUACGUGAAAACUAAGUAAUUACAUUCAAGUAAUAAGCUAGUUUUAGGUAAGCGUGGAUAGGUAGCUGAACGCGAUCCUAAACUCGUUGGAACGCUCGAAUAUUCUAGCGGAGGGUUGUAAUCAACCUUCUAGAUUCAACAACUAUCGUAGAACCCUUCUCUCUCCUUAUUUUCAUUUCUAAUUAAGAGGGACGACGACACGAUAGAGGGGCUAGACUUUGUUCAUUCCAUUUGAGCACGAUUCUCCGAGUCAUCGAUCGAUUUCUGAUAUCAGAAAUCUCGUCGAUCGGUAUUUAAAUUGAUCACAGAGAAUCAUCGAAAUGAUUGUAACGCGUUGGAGUGGGAUUAACAAUGUCGUCGUCCAACGAAAUUUUUUGUAAGUCAUAUAGACACGUAAUUUCUUCGAUUAACGUUGACGGACAGUUCGAAGCAAUCGACGAGGUGGGAGUAUGAUUCGUGGAUGUGUUAACUUAGGGGUCGUUAUUUAAUUGUUACUAACAAAAGAAUGCCUGAAUCAAACCUGGAUUCCGUGUCGGGGUGUCGUGUUCCAGGAAAUGUAACGGAAAAGCAAUGAGAAGCGAUCGCUUCUCGAAACUGUGAUAUUACUUGCGUAUUAAUUAAUCGUCGAUUCAACAAGAAACUGUCGAACCAUGAGGAAAGUGAAA